GUUUCUUCUGCCACCCCUUUGCCUUGAAGGGCUACCAGCCUUAUCACUCUAAAACUCAUUUGCUUUGCCUUCCUGACUCUGCACUGCGUCUGUAGGUGUAACUUGAUUGUCAUUAACACAUUUUGUUGACCUACUUUUGUUACUCGUGUUAAGUGAGUGAUCGAUCGGCAGGUCAAUAUUUAUCAGGGAGCUGCUGUUGGGUCCAACCAUUGACGAAGGAGUAGAGGAGAAAAUAUAGGGUUGGGUGGUGGUCGUCGUGGUUUUGCUGCUACACUGAACUCCAAGCAAUCAUGAAUCCGCGAAGGGGUACUCGGAGCCAGCUACUUGAAAUGGAAGAGGGAGGGCUUCGAACAUCGGCACCCUAUGCGUCCAGUGCUGAGAUUGCGGAGCAGGAGAAUGAGCGGAGUUUAGGAGAACUGGAAGAUCGUGUGAAACUUUUUAAAAGGUUGGCAGGUGAUGUACAGGACGAGGUGGACAGCCACAACAAGCUACUGGAAGGAAUGGGAAAUGCUAUGGAUGCAUCGAGGUCAAUGAUGGCUGGAACCAUGGCUCGAUUCACAAGGGUUUUUGAGACAAAGUCAUCUCGCAAUAUUGCGACAAUUGUUGCAUCAUGUGUGGUGAUAUUCCUACUUGUCUAUUAUUUAGCAAGAUGAGUAACCGCCGUCAAGAUUCAGAUACUCUGUAACAUAUGGAUUUGCACUAAGUGGUGUCCUCUAGUCCUUCCUGCCAUAAAAUAUCGUACGUAUAUGAUGAGCAAUCACUGAACUUCAACUACAGAAACUACAAUAGUUUUGGAGAUAAGGGCAAGCCUCUGUCCAUGUGCGCCUUGAGACAAGAUCCUUCAAUGAUUUUGUGGGGCCCGCUCUGUAGCAAUAUUUGACUAUUACUUGUAUUAUCCACUGAACAAAGUUUCCUUUGCGGUGCUUCAACUUUGAUAGGACAACAAGAAAUUCACGCUUUGUGCUGUAUUCUCCCUCAUAUCUGUGAACGGCGAUGGAUUUUGUAUUUGUUUUAAUUUAAUUUAAUUUUUCUGAAACACGCAGAACUUGCUGA